AUGGCUAAGAAUGCUGCUUUCGAGAGUUUAUACACUACCUUAGAUAAUAAAUGUAGGGAUAAAAAGUUGUACAUGCUAGCCAAGGUUAGGGAGAGGAAGACUCUGGACCAGGAGUAUGUGAAGUGUAUUAAGGAUGUGGAUGGCAAAGUUUUGGUGAAAAAGGAUCAUAUUAGAAAAAGAUGGCAGUCUUCCUUCCAUAAGCUCCUGAUUGAAAGAACGAAUACUAGCAUUUUGUUAGGGGAUUUGAAGCAUUCCGAGAGGUUUUGCGAUUAUGGUUAUUGUAGGUGCAUUAGGGUUGAUGAGGUGAAAGGGGAUAUUCGUAGGAUGCGUAGAGGGCGCUCGACUAUUGAUGCCAUCCAUCUCGUUAGGAGACUGGUGGAGCAGUAUAGGGAAAGGAAGAAGGAUUUGCAAAUCGUGUUUAUUGACUUAAAGAAAGACUAUGAUAAAGUUUCCAUGGAGGUUCUUUGGAGCUGUGUUGAAGCUAGAGGCAUACCCAUAGUGUAUGUUAGGGUGAGUAGGGAUAUAAAUGAUGGAUCCAAGACUCAGACCUUAGACUUCACUAGUCAGUUCUGCAUUUUUGCCCUUAAGCUUUACAUUUUCUGCUGCAAGUUCUUCAGUGGCACCAUGUCACUUAUAGGGCAACUUCUGAUUUCGUAA